AAUUUUCACUACAAAUAUCUGUGGAUAAGAAUCUCCAGUGGAUCACACAACACAAACACACACACACACCGCUAGACUACAAUAGCACCCCUUCCACUUUUACAUGCACAACUCGGCAACCAACCAUGCAACUCCACCUCUCUUUCCAAGCUCUGCCACUGUCAGCUCAACAGGUUCCAUCUAGAAGGAAAUGAAUGUCUAACUAUCCCUCAAGUCUGAACCUUUGGUGAAAGCAAACACUUUGGUAUGGACUGGAAGCCAAAAUCUGAAUUUGAUCAAGGAAGUUAGUUCAAAAAUUGAGGAGCCCGUGGAGAAGAAUUGGGGGCAUUUGGUGCUGACAGGAGCUCAUGGGUGGACGCCAAGAGGAACCACAUUCGCAAAAGAAGGACUCAACUCUGGUAGAUUCAGGAAUUCAAUCCCAUUGCCUUGUAUGUUUGGGCAAGACCAGUUGCCAAGUAGUUCGUUCAAGAACAAAACUGAUGAAUAGUCUAAUUGCAAGAAGGAAGCCACAUGAAGCCCAAUCCAUUUUCAAAAGUUUAGCAGAAGAAGGACACAGGCCAAGUCUUAUAACAUAUACAACUCUUGUAGCUGCCUUGACCCGCCAGAGGCGUUUCAAGUCUAUUCCCUUGCUCCUCUCUGAAGUGGAGGAGAAUGGUCUGAAGCCCGACUCAAUACUUUUUAAUGCAAUGAUUAAUGCUUCCUCUGAAUCUGGAAAUAUAGAUGAUGCUAUGAAAAUCUUUCAGAAAAUGGAGGGGAGUGGAUGUAAGCCCACAACCAGUACUUUUAACACUCUUAUCAAAGGAUAUGGAAUUGCUGGAAAACCUGAAGAAUCUUUAAAAUUGCUAGAGCUUAUGUUGCAGGAUGAGAAUACGAAACCCAAUGACAGGACAUAUAACAUGAUUGUUAGAGCCUGGUGUAACAAGAAGAAAAUAAAUCAAGCCUGGAAUAUGGUAUAUAAGAUGGUUGCAACUGGUGUACAACCUGAUGUAGUGACUUACAACACAUUGGCAAGGGCUUAUGCUGAGAAUGGAGAGACAAAUAUCGCUGAAAGGUUGAUGUUAGAGAUGCAGAACAACAAAGUGAACCCCAAUGAGCGAACUUGUGGCAUCAUUGUAAAUGGAUAUUGUAAAGAAGGUAGCAUGACAGAUGCCUUGAGGUUUGUGUACAGAAUGAAGGAUAUAGGGGUGCAUCCAAAUCUUGUUAUUUUUAACUCUCUUAUCAAGGGGUUUCUGGACAUUACAGACACUGAUGGAGUUGAUGAGGUACUAACAUUGAUGGAAGAAUUUGGGAUGAAGCCAGAUGUGAUAACAUUUAGCACCAUAAUGGAUGCAUGGAGCUCGGCAGGGCUCAUGGAAAAAUGCCAGGAGGUCUUCAAUGACAUGAUAAAAGCGGACAUAGAACCAGACAUCCAUGCAUUCAGCAUUCUUGCAAAAGGCUAUGUGCGUGCUGGUGAGCCUGGUAAGGCUGAGUCACUUAUGAUUUCCAUGGGAAAAUAUGGUGUGCAUCCAAAUGUUGUAAUCUUCACAACCAUCAUGAGUGGGUGGUGCACAGCUGGCAAAAUGGAGCAUGCUUGGAGUAUCUAUGAGAAAAUGUGUGAAAUGGGCAUUGCCCCCAAUUUGAAAACUUUUGAGACCCUAAUAUGGGGAUAUGGAGAAGCUAGGCAACCAUGGAAAGCAGAAGAUUUGCUCCAUAUAAUGGAAGAGAAGGGUGUUAUUCCCGAGAAGAGAACUAUCCAGCUUGUCGCCGAAGCUUGGCAUGUGAUAGGUUUAAUGACCGAGGCCAUGAGAGUCUUAAAUGAUUCAGAAGAAGAAAGGGAAGUGGUACAAAAUAAUAGGAGGGACAAGGUACCUGAGCAGAGUUUAGAGAUGAUUAGUAGGAAACAAAACUUAAGUACUUCUCAUCCUAAUGUUUUGCCGAUACCUGGAGUUGUUGUUUCUGAUAACGGUGGAUCUGCUGCCAACAUAAGAGGUCAGAUGAUUUCAAGAGGAUUUCAGUUUUCAUCUGACAGUAUGCAGAAUGCUACUAAAACCAUGUGUCUUGCUCAUACGUCUGCAUUUAGAGUGCAACCACUGAUCAUAUGUAGGAGGCAGUUUCAGACUCAAGUUGGGACGUGCAGGCAGUUUGUAAAUACACGUCCUGUGGUGUAAAUAAAUACAUUGAUGAGGAAACAGAGGCGACUCAGAUGAUGCUAUUUCGAUGAGGGACAAAACAUUAUCCUGCCCCAGAAGAUUUCCUUGGUUCUUAGAUUCAUGAGUGUUGAUGAUUCUUUGCUAUUCAGAGCCGUUGAUAGUGUUGCAGCAUAUACUUCCAUCUCUAUUGGUGUCCCUGCUGAUUGUGCAAGUCAAAGUGUAGGAAAUUAUGUAAUUUGCUACAUGAAAUGUGUAACAUAUGUUGAUAAUUCAGGGCCAAAGAUAACAAUUUCGUCUGAUAUAUAUUUGUUAAAUGAAAAUACUAUUCACAAA